GGAAGCGCACCGGAGGCCCGGAAAGUUCGCCCAGCUGCGUCGGAGUCCGCGCUGCAGUUCUCGGGCAUUGCAGUUGCCCAAGGUGAUAACCUCCAGUAGCCAAGAUGUCCUCAGGACCCAAGCCUCCAACAGUUAAAACAGAACCAUCAAAAGAGAGAAGCUUUGAAAGCCCAGGCCUGCGAGGGACACGCACAACAACCUUAUUCCGAGCCGUGAAUCCAGAGCUUUUCAUUAAACCUAACAAGCCUGUGAUGGCCUUUGGGGUGGUAGCCCUUUCCCUCUGUGUGGCUUACAUUGGUUAUCUGCAUGCGACACAGGAGAACAAGAAGGACCUCUAUGAAGCUAUUGACAGUGAAGGACAUCGGUACAUGAGGAGGAAAACAUCCAAAUGGGACUAAAGUGCUGCUCCCGUCAGAUGGAGGGCUAUCAGGCUCGGAAGCCUUUAGGUGAAAGACUUUCUCAGUGUAUGGAAUUGUGUUGCUUGUUCCGUAGUCUGUUAACAAGAGAAAAUAUACAAUUUGAAAGCAAUUCACUGUGGUAAAUUUAGUCCCGUUAGAGCUGCAGCUAUUAUCUCAGUAUUUUCCCCACAAAGAGUUUCUCAAUAUUUCUUCUAUGAAAAUGCCAUGAGAAUGGAAUUUUGUUAAUUAUUA